CAUUGGAAUAUGUAAAGCAAUACAUAUGUAUGUAUUGAAGCCUUGAAGCUUUUGGCUUUUGUUAGUGUAGGCGCUGCAAUCGUUGUGUUACAACCGACAACGUGUUCCGAGCUUGUUUUCAAGAUUGUUAUAAAUAUUAUUUGUUUUUAUUUAAACUUGGAAUGUUGUAAUGUUCCAUACAAGAGUGUUCAGAGUACAAUAUCCUCUAGUGUAUAGCACAAGCUUCCAUUAAAAAAGAUUAUAGAAAUUAUAUUAUAAAAUUCUGCUGAGAUUGUUUUGUAUAUCGAAAUGUUUGCCUCUUGUACUGAAACAACAAAGGAGACCAAAGAAAAACAAGAUGAUACAUCAACAGAGCAAGAAUCUGCGAAGCCAUCGGUUGAAUCUAGUUUACAGUCGUCUAGUUUGAAAAGGAAACUAGAAACAGAAUCGUUGAAGCAAAACAAUACUCCUUCAGACUUGUCGAGUGGCAGCAGUAGACCUGCUAAAGUGCUUGCUAUCGAUCAUUCGAUAGUAAUCGCAAAACAUUAUAACUCGAUAGAGAACACAGAUCUUACAAUUAGGAAUCAAAGUCGUAUCUUAUACAUGAGGAACUUUAACAAUUGGAUUAAAAGCAUGCUCAUAUCUGAAUAUAUGAACAAUCAGGAGAAAAUGCACGGAUCUUCUUCAACAGUAUUAGAUAUAUGUUGUGGAAAGGGAGGAGACUUAAUGAAAUGGAUUAAAGCAAAUGUAACACAUGUGGUUUGUGCUGAUUUAGCUGAAAGUUCUAUCGAACAAUGUCAACAACGAUAUAAUGAGAUAUUAAACAGAAAUUCAAAUGUCAGAGGAUUUGAUCCCAUAUUCACUGCUGAAUUUAUAGCUGUUGACUGUACAAAGGUUCGUUUAUUGGAGAAAUAUAAGGAUCCUAGUAUAAAGUUCGACUUGGUCAGCUGCCAGUUUGCAUUACAUUACAGCUUUGAAUCGUUGCAACAAGCAGAAUGUAUGUUGAGAAAUGCUAGCGAAUGUCUUAAAACGGGAGGCUACUUCAUUGGGACUAUUCCAGACACAUAUGAUCUAGUUUCUAGGUGGCAGAAAGUUGAUGGUAAUAAAUUUGGAAAUGAGGUUUAUAACAUAGAAUUUUUAUGCGAUAAAGAAAAGCCACCGUUGUUUGGUGCUAAAUAUAACUUCCAACUCGAAGGUGUUGUCAAUUGUCCAGAGUUUCUUGUUUAUAUACCAUUGCUUUGCAAAUUAGCUACAAAAUAUGGUUUAGAACUAGUGAAAUUUGAAAGAUUUGAUAAUUAUUACGAACGUAUGAAAAAUGAAGGUAGAUCAUUGCUUGGUAAAAUUCAAGCUUUAGAAACAUAUCCACCGUAUCACGGUGUGCCACUUCUUGGUCAACCUACACAGGACUAUCAGCAUGCAGUGCAAUAUAUGCAAAAUUUGCCAGGUCAUCGUAAAAUCGGCACUUUAUCGAAAGCAGAGUGGGAAGUUAUUUCGCUAUAUGCUGCGUUUGCUUUCAAAAAGACAAAAAUGAAUAACGAGAGAAAACUAGAAUCCGUAAAAUCAUAAGAAUUAAGAACUAAUUAGGAACUAAAAAUGAUAGGGAUAGUUUGAAGAUUUUAAACAACUCAUUAUAAUUGACUUUGUAUUGUACAAACUAGUCUGUUGCUAUAGAGUGUUACAUGCACUCGUAACUAUAGCACACAGUUAGUGAUAUUUUAUAUGAUAAUUUUUAAUGAAUUUCAAUCGUCACGUAUAAUGUGUAUUAUACAUUUUCAUCUGUAUGACUGUAUAAAAUAUAAUUUAUACAUACUGUUUAUAUAAAGGUAAAAUUAAAUCAAUUUAUGAACUUGCUUACAUAACAACAUGAUUGUAUAAAGUAUUUAUCGUACAUUAAUAUCUACUCAAUAAUUUGAAGUAUACCCAUCUAAGACACACAGAAUCUCGUUUAGCAGCUAAGAUUAAUAACCAUUAAAUUUGUAAGAAAUAAAUGUUAUAGUUUUUCUGUAUUUAAUUUUCUAUUAAAAAGUGUAUCUGAUCAGAAGCUUUCUUGGGCGCAAUAAAAUUCAACGGAACUACAUUAUGAUAA